CUUUCGAAUAGUGAACGUGUUGCGUUAUUUCAAGCGUUUAUAUUUCGCGCCGCUAGACUACAUCGGUUUACAUUGGAUGAUUAUUUCCACGCGUCUUCCGGUCUCGUUCUACAAGUCAAAUAAUAUAUUACAUUUAAUUAUUUGGCUUCCGUUUCAGUGAGGUUUUGAUUCGAAUCACGUAGUAACGGAUCGGCGAGAUUACAACUUGGCGUUGUCAACAAUUGUUCCUUCGUGUUUUUUUUUAUGGUGACCCAUAUGAAUCAUUCCAGCGAAAAUAACCCUGAAGACGGUAUGUCGACUUACGUUAGAUCAACCGAUACGCAUUUGGGAACAUUGACAAGGAUCGUGGGUGUCUGUACAGCGAUCGUUGUAUGCGGAGUUGGAGUGGAUGUGGCGUACCGUCGACACAAUAUGGGCCUUUACGUUACAGCCUCGUCCUUGAUGAUAUUUUUUCUCGAAAUCACCUGGGCCAUCACUUUAUUCGUACAGAUUUGUGUCAGAAAUGAAGAAUCCCUUUGUUCGUAUUGCUGGUCGCGCGUACUCACGAUAACGAAGGGUUGGCGAAGAGCAUUGUUUUAUCUACCGCUGUCCUGCAUUUUGGCGUGGAAACCGCACAAACUCGGGCUUUCCUAUGUCGCGGCCGGCUUGUUAGCAAUUUUAUCUUUAUUGCACAUUGCUUCGAGCGCUUUAGGAAGACGUAUUUCCUGCCAAUCAAGCUCCGGGACAGAUUCUGUUGGGGAAAGUCUUCUGAACACGAGACCCGAAAAUUACGAUCGCUUCGAAGAAGUUUUGGUACCAGAAGUAUUAGACGACGGUGUGUCUGGACCAACAGUACGAAUUGGUGACAGCGAUGGAGAAAUAUGACACGAACGUCAACCCUCUUGGGUCAGUGAAUCCGAUGAAGAUAGUGAGCCAGAACCAAAGACGUGUCAAAUAGCUACAGUAUCUUAACUUCUUUGAAGUUUGGAUAAAGAGGAAACUCGUGUUCAAACGUGUAUCGAACGAUACGUGUAAUAUCGAGCAACCAGACAGAUUUCUUCGUCCGGCAUAAUUAAGUAUAGAGCAUUAAUAGCGCAGAAACUCGAAAUUAACAAAAAAAGAAAAAGAAAGAAGAAAGGGAAGAAAAGAGAGACAAAGAGAAAGAAUGAGAGAAAGAAAGAAAAAGAGAAAGAAAGAAAAUAAGCUAUGUUUAAGAAAACUCUUCGGGAGAUUUUUUGAGAAUAAUUUUAAUAGACCGAAGUCAAUAAAUGUACGUGUAUUACGGAAAAAUCAUAUAUUGAAUGGAAAACAGUAUAAUGAAAAAGCGAUAUUAGGAAAGACUGAGUUACCGUGCAUUAUAAAAUUAUGCGAACAUUUAUAACAACAAUAAAAUUUGAUACAUGUAAUCAAAAACAGAAAGUGAGUACUAGGAAUGAGUAAAUAGAUUUUAAAUAACACAACUCAUUAUGUUUUCGUAUAUCCUUCUUUUUAUUUAUUAUACGAUUAACUUUAAUAAAAACAAAAAAGAUAUAUACAAAAUAAAUUCUAAAUCACAUUUAAAUGCAAAUAAAGAAAAGAUGCUUUAACGCAAUAUGAGGAUUAUAAGUCAAAUUAAUGAAUAUACGUUUCCGUUCAUUAACAAGAAAUUGUACAAAUUGUCAUACAAAGAACAAAGCUGAAAUAUCGAGUAACAAAUAUUUUUGUUAGUUGAUAUAGAAGCAUAUUUCAUACUUAACGUGUGCUUUUUUACACAAUGAUAAACUGUAAUAUUAUAGCUCAUUAUGUAUACACAUAUGCAACGUAUAAU